CUGUUGGAUAGCAAUCUUAUGAUUGUGAUUAUUCUGUAGGUUGCGGUAGUGAGUGGUCCUGAUAGAGCAUCUCUAAGCCAAGCUUGGAAAUCAUGGAUAGAGGAACAUAUAAAAAGCCAGAGGAAAGAUCCCACCUGGCAUACAAAGAAGCCAGAUCUUCGGACUUACCCCUGGUCAUUAUGUCCAACUCAGUUCCAUUAGAGGAAUUCAUUGAUAAGUUGGUGAAGGAGAACAAGGUGGUGGCCUUUAUUAAGGGAUCCAGAGGAUUCUCACAGAGAGAAUUGGCAUUCUUGAAAGUGAUGAAGGGGUGGAUUCUGAGAAUGUUUCGUGCUUGAUGAAGAAUACAACUGUGGAUCGAGGGAGACUUUGAAGUACAGUAACCGGCCCACAAUUUCACAAAAUUUUGUGAAUGGGGAAUUGGUAGGAGGGUGUGAUAUCCUAACCUCCAUGCAGGAGAAAGGUGAGCUUGUCGGCUUGUUGGCUUGUUGAGACUCUUGAGAAAGCAGUUGCUUUUAAAAUUCUUUUAGUAAAUGGCCUUUGCGUGAAAGAAAGUGCUUCUAGGAAGAAUAAGAAUGAGAUUAUGAGGGACAAUAGAUACUUGCUAGUGUCUUGAAAGUUAGGAUUGUAAUCUACUGCAUAUUCUUUGCUUGAAAAACCUUCUGACGAGGAGAUUGUAUACUUGCUGCCAGCUUGUGCCUUGAAAGUUUUGUGCAUUGCAAGGGAGCCGUCACAACGAACUGUCCAUUUUGCCGCUUAAGCUUCCCAAUUUUGCCUUCAAAAUGCUUACCUAUUCAACAUGAUUUCAUAACUGUAUCUUUCAUUUCCAUUUGAACCCAUAUGCUAAGUUGCUAACCUCAUUUUUAUCAAUCCUUUAAUCUCUCUUUUUUUUCUUCUUCUUCUUCUUCUUUUUUUUUUUUUAUAAUUUGUAACGUGAGUUUGCAAUUUGCUCAUUGAUCUGAUAAUGAAAUGAUUAAGCAUUG